GCCUGUUCGGAGAGGAGGCGACCUUGCAGUGGCGAGGCAGGCCGCUCAAGAAGCAGCUAAGCGACGACGGCUCGAGAGACAGGUGCGCGAUCAUCCAUGAGCGGCCCAGCUUGGAGGUUGAGAAGCGCAGGAAGCUCAUCUUACGUUGGUUCAUCAACAGGAAGGCAGACACGCACACGGUGGUGCGCGCUUUGCUGGAGACAUUGGCGACAGGGAAUUGGGACUCCCCGCGCCUCGAGAUCUAUGUGCCCCCAGCUGAGCCAUUCGACCAGGACCAGCUCUACGAGUUGGUAUCCCGUGGAAUCGCCAGAGCAAUUUCGUAUCGUAACUUCUCGAUGUACCAGAGGAAGAAGUGGAUGGGCGGCGACGAGGCCUGCUGCGACGUCGCCAUCCCUCUGCUCCUGACGACGGAUCUUCUCAAGGACGCCUACAACCUAUUCUGUCGCCGCGUCGGCGGGCAUGUCCACGCAGCCCCAGUCGAUGCACCCGCUGCUGGGGCCGACCUGCCCGUGCUGAUGGACGAGGCGGGGGCUGAGGAGGCAGCGGCGGCCGAGGACGAUCCCAAUUACGACCCCAGGGGCAAGGCGCCAAUUGCAGUGUGGGCGCAGGAGGUGGCGAAAAAGAGGAGGAUCGCACAGGACUGGCUGUCUGGCACCCGCGGGUGCGCCCCGUGUUCACAGGUCGUCGCGCUCAAGAUGAUACUCAGCGUCGUGCAGACGAUGCAGGCAGAAGAAUUAUUCAUCGGGUCAAAAAAAUGGGAGCAGAGAGAACGAGCUGCGGCUGCGCGUCGGGCCAGGAGUGGCACUUCAGGCAUCCUGCGGGACUACCCGAUCAUCGUGCACAGCCGUGGCGACAUCGAGACUAGAGCUUUCCGCCGCUUGAGAACGCUGCUCUUCUGUCCAACAAUUUGGCUUGUGCUCCGCGAGACAGAGCUCACGAACAAGCUAAAGGUUGACGUAUUCACAGGGUUGUGUGCCGCUGGAGCUCUCAUCGAGAAAUUAAUCGCGCUGCCGCACACGCAGCCUCCCUUCAGUCUCUUCAUGGUGCUCGCCCAACCGGAGCUGGCGGGUGCCAUUCAGGCCACGCCCGCGUGCCAGUUGGACGCAUGGUCUCGGCGGUUCCUUGCAGCCAACGACCUCGGCACAGAUGUGGCGCGGCUGAAGCUGCUCGUCCACGCGUUGGUUAUCCACCUCAACACGGACAGGCUCGAGGUCGACAACAGCCACCUCAGGAGAAUCGUUACGAAGCACGUUCAGUGCCCCCAGCCAUGCACGAUGGACCUGAGCAGCAGAUGGAUGGGGACGGCAGUGCGUCAACAUCGAGAAGUGCCUCUCAGCGGUCCCGCUGGCCACCGACCAUCCAACGUCGACCAGGGCGACGACCUUCCAGCGAGGCCUCCGCGGGGCUCAGGCGGCGGAGCUUGGAGGGCAUUCGUGAGGCAUUCGGGAUCGAACGACCUCAGGGAGGUCGGGAGGCUCUACCGCGCGCUGCAGGACACUGUCGGCGACGAGCUCCUCGAGACCUGCAUCAAGGAAGGCCGCGAAGCCGCUGAGCGGAGGCGGAGCGGCCGCAGGGGCAACGCCUUUGGGCCAUCGCGGAGGGACGUGGAGCGCCAGAAGUUCAAGGCGUCCCUCGCGAACAGAGUGGCGGCUGGCGGGGGGCAAGCUAUGGGCCCUGCACUAGACAGGCUCAUGGAGGACGCAGCGUUGCACCAAUACACGACGGAUGAGACGAUUGCUCUUGCGAAUGGAAUUCGAAAGUCAGCAGUGGCCCACCGCAUCGCAGCUGAGAAAGCAGACGCUAAGGCACUUCAUGAUUUCAGAGCUGAGCAUUCCCCAGGUUGGCGCCAAGCUUUGUGCCGUGACUGCUGCGCAUUGCAGCCGCUCGCAUCCAGCAUGCACGCCGAGCCUGGGCCGCUGCCUGGCGUCGUCCACCUCCGCCAUGACAUACAGGCCUCUGCAGAGGAUGCUCGGGAUCUGGUGUCGUACAUGCGUGCGAUCGGGGGUUCCCAGACGGACCUGGCGCAGGCGAUCGAGGACCGCUGGUCGUUCAUGCACAGGACGUACGCCGACGACGCCGAAGACGAGAAGUACGAGUCCUCGGACGACGGGGAGUUCUACCACGGCGAAUGCUGGGGCUACGGCAUCUGUCUCUGUGGCCCUAGGGGCGACAUCGUGUGGGAGCUGCGGAACUCUAUGUUGCUCGCUCUCCGCACCGCGUUCCCGCGGCAGGCAGAGCAUGCGUCGAGGCGCAAGUUGUUGAAGGACGGCCUCGUCGUUGCUAGAUUCGAUUGUUCCUUGCUCGGCGGCGCAGAGUCCGAGGGCGAGCUCGCUGAAUUUUGGGGCUUGGCAUAUGAUUCCAGAUUCUGGCAUGUUAGUUUCAUGUCGCUGUCGCCCUUCGAGCCUGAGAUGCAACUGAUGGAGCUUGCCACCGAGACUGAGUCAACGGGCGCUGCCGCGAGCGCAGCCGAGAUCGCUUUGAAGGCAGUGUGGUUUAAAGCAGAGCAGGCUGUUGGCGAGUGGCGCAACCUGUGCCGCGCGGCCGACACAUUCGAGACGAAUCUGCGGUGGGAUGUUUCUUUCAUGGAGAUCCAGUGUGGCCCGCGCGGCCGCGGCCGCGAGGGCGCGGCGCUGGCCGCGGACGCGUUCGCGGUCGAGGAGAGGGCCGCGGGCGCGGCGGCCGUGGCCGCGGGCGAGGCCGUGGCGCAGCGGCCCAGGUUGUUCACCAACCCAGGCCAAGGCCGCCCUGUCGGCUACAUGGCCGCCUGGCUGGCUGCGGGCGCCGAGCCUGGUUGGGGAGAUGGCACGCCGAAAGGGAAGCACAGUAAGUUCAAGCCAGCGAGGGCCGACCGAAUUGCUGCCAGGACCGAGGUGGCGCGCGCAGGUGGGCCACUGGCGCGCGAGAAGAUGGACGCCGCGGGCAGGUCGCGGCAGGGCCGCGGGAGAGGCAGCGGCGCGGUCAGCACUUGCGAUCUGUGCCAGCGCACCGACAGGGACACAGGGAUUGUCCAGAACGGCUGUGAGCUGGCCGCGCACCUGGAGGAGGGGGAGGUGGCUUGCGUCGAGUGCCUGACGUGGCUCCUGGAGAACGCACCUGUGCUGUCCUGGUCAGGGUUGGUCGCAGCUCAAGAGGCAGGGCAGUUGCGGGAUUUAUGUCAGCAGGGUGAGACGCCAGCUCAGAAGCAACCAACGAGGACGCCUCCCAGGACGCUCAACCUAGGCGACUCCGUCGACUGCGGCUUCGAGCUCUACGUGAAGUGCGCUGCGCUGACGGCCAAAGACGUGGAGCGGGAGUUCGGGAGAACGGCAAAAGCACUACACAUCAAACCAGUUGAGAUUCCAUCUCGGCCGACCUCGUUUACUGUCUACUUGGUGAAGGCCUGCCCCGAGUCGAGAGGCAAGUAUCCAACAUUCAAGCUGUACCACCGCAGUAGCACCGUGGCCAGCGUCGGCUUCCUCAAGCGAGAUGCCCAAGAGCUGUUCGAGAACCAGUCUACCGUGUUGUUUGGUGCUACUACUGCGGGCCAGGGUGGCGAGAUCAACCUCGACCUCACGCCUGGCGCGCGCUCGUCCAUCGCGACGUGGGCCGAGGUGCGGGACCGCGCUGACAAGAUAGCGGAGAAGAACGCCAAGAGGACCCGCGCUGGAUCGAAGAUCGGCGAGCAGGACGACGACGACGGAGGGGGCGAUGACAUCGAGGUGCUUGACUUUGAGGAUGCGGCCUCGAGCAGCGUGCAUCCCUUCGACCCAGAUGCCGCGGCUGAGUGCACUGGGGCCGCUUCCUCCAGAGCCGACUCCAUCGAUCAUCAGCCUGGCAGCGCAGUGAAGAGGCAGCCGUCAAUGUCGCCACGUGACAUGGGUGGUAAGCCUUUGAAAUCUUCAAGGACGGCCGCGGCGCCCACCGACAGUUACGAGCCCGAGAGGCAGAACCCGCACACGCUCGGCACAGUGGACUACUGGGUCUGGGAGCUGGCGUUCGAGAGGGCCUUCAACGGCCAUAAGAAUGGGAGAGCCGAGAACCAAGCUAGACAACUCGUCCAGAAGCUCACGGGCACGGAGCGCCGCACGCUGCAGACCCACCUGGAGCUCUACAACAAGGCGAAGCUGUUCGACGAGAAGGCUGUGGCGAAGGUGCCAGACGGGGAGCUGAUGGCCUCAUGGGAAGUCCUACGAAAAGCAGGCGCCACGCUCACGCAACGGGCUGUGAAGGCAUUGGCCAGGAGGACUGCCAUGAACGCUUGGCAGGACAUCAACAAGGCCGACCUGGACACGGACAAGAUGAAGCAGUUGCUGGUCGGUUUCAUGGAGCGGUGUCGGCCGUGGGGCUUCACCGCCAAACCUCGGGAUGUGGCGAACCCGUGUGCAGUGUGCUUGGUCGAUGGGUGCACGUCCGACGCCGACGUCGCGAACACCUUCCUGGAGAUCGCCGUCGCAGACACCCUCGCAGAGUGGCUCACGGCAGGCCCCAGCGCGGCUGACAACGUCAAGCUCUACUGCGAGGCAGCGGACCUCGUCCUCGCAUCAUUGCCCGAAGACGCGGAGCUCGGCGACCACUCAGCUUCAGUUUACCUCGAGAUGACUUCGGCGAUCCGAGUGCUGACAGCGAUGCAGGCGACGUCCUUGACAGCGGACACUGACAUGCAGGUGUACGUGGACGCAGGGCGCUUGGAAGCUGAGGGCCGACGCACCACUGGACAGCAGAGCGUGCAUCAGCUCGUGGGCCAGGCGCUCCUGACGAGCGCCAACGACUUCUGGGCUAAGAAGUUGAAGUGGAUGACGGAGCACGCAGAUGCAGUCACGAAGAACGGCGGCCAUGUGAAGUCGGCCAUCGCCGAGCUGGAGCGGAUGGACGCUAACCCGUCGGAGCAGCGUGCCAAGCUGCUCAAGCGCAUCGUGGACGACGUACCGUACUGGGAGGCCGCCAUGUACACGGGCUGCGCUGACGAGUGCAAGGCCAUGGUCCUCAACAGGUCCAUUUUGCAGUGCAAGGCGCUCACUUCUGAUGGCGAGGGCAACGGCGACAUCGGCACGGAGGGCGGCGCCCAGACGACGGCGGUGACGAUCGCUUACAAGGAGUUGUUCAAGGACUUGUCCAACGUGUUCGCGGCGGACGAGCAAGUGGAGCGCUGCUCUCGUGCGCUCCAGUCCAAGAUAGCGGCCAUGGACCUCGGCGUGAAGCACGAGAUGUUAGCAGAUGCGUUGGCCACGUGGAAUGAUGGUGAUAAGGAGUUGACUCACCGUCUGAAGGAUGCGUUACACAGCUGUCGCAUGAAGGCCCUGCCCGAGAAGCUGCAGGAGUCGUGCAACUCGUUGUUCACCUCCAUCAUUGUCGACCUCUUCAAGGACGGGGCCGACUGGACUACGAAAGAAGGCUUCCUGUUUGAAGUCUUGGAGCUCUUAGCGCCGAACGUGCCGUGUUCAUCGGUGGAUGCUUCAACGGGUGUGGCAGCGUGGCUGGGCGCUGCUUGGCGCGUGGCGCGCGCCCAGACAACGCUCGCGCAGGCGGAGCACCACGUGGAGGAGGGUUUGCAGGAUGCUACGCCUGCCGACGUCGAGCGCCACGCCAGGGAGUUGACUCGGGCCGUCCAGAAAGCGAACCACAACGCCCGCAGCACUGCCCUUGAGAAAUUUCACGUUGGCGCUUCGCUGCAGGUGGCUGACGCCGUGAACUCUGCGAGCGACCUUGUCCAGAGGGUCGGGGCGAAGAUCGUCGGCGCCCUGUGCGAGAAGACAAGGCUGGACUUCACGAACCUGAAGAAGAGCGCUGAGGAGGCGGCUGGCGUCGCUGAGUUCAAGAAGGAGUGCGACAACUGUACGACUCUCAAUGCCGCGCUCGACCUCUACCGCCUCGGUCUGCACGAGGCGCCCGUCAACGAGUGGCUCGACCAGACGUGCACCAUCGAGGGGGCCUUGACGACAGUGGCGGGCAAGGCGACAGAGUACUCGCUGCCAAGCUACUCCACCGAGGCGACCGCAGGCAUCACCGAGGAGAUCGCGGUCAUCCGCGCGCUCUGCAUGAGCGCAGAGCUCCUGAAGGCGUUCGGCACGGAGUCGCUCCAAGGUAACAAGAUAGCCAUGCGCAACAGCUGCAUGAAUACCCAGUCCAAGCUCAGGAAGUUCGGCAUCCAGCCUGAGUCACUGCCGCGCGUCGUGGUGUCGCGGUACAGGGAUGCGCUCAAGAUGCGGGCCUGCGACGACAGGCCCGCGCCCCCGCAGCGUGGCGACCAGCGCUGCGUCACGGGCCCGCCCACGAUGGGGCACG